AUGACCGACUUUUGGGAAACCUGGGCCCUCUCCAAACAUCCAGAAAACAUGCUCACCAUGCUCCACACCUGGCAAUCCGGUGACUGCUCUGCUCAACACCCUUACAACAACUCUUUCCCGGCAGCCAUGAAAGCCAUCAAAGCAAAAGCUUUGGUGUUGCCGAGUAAAACCGAUCUCUACUUUCCGCCCGAGGACUCGGAGUACGAGGUGCAAUGCAUGAGUGAGGGCAUCGGGAGACUAGAAGUGUUUCCUAGUAUCUGGGGGCAUUGGGCUGGUGGACCGGGUCAGAGUACCGAGGAUGUCAAGUGGUUGGAUGAGAAGUUGAGGGAGUUUUUCGCAGGGUAG